AUAAAUUAAUGAAACUUACUGAGACGAAGGUUUAUUCGAAUAAUUUCACUAUGGAAUCUGUCAAAGACUUCCCUAGAAUCACCUCAGUAGUUAGACUCAAAGUUAUGAUAAUCUUGGCAGUCUCAACUGUUACAUUUGGAAUUUGGUACAUGUGGGGUCUUAGCCUAAACGAAAUAGGUCAGUAUAUUUCAAACUACCAAAACCUAGCAAUAUGGAAUAUGGUUAAACAGCCUGUUUAUUAUCCGAACUUCAAAGUUUUCAGAAAUGACGUAAUGAUUGGGCGUCUUCUGUUAAAUAAAACCAAGAAACAUGAAAUUAUCAUCUACGGGCGGAUGUUGGCAGAUAUGAACAAAGAUGUAACAAAUUGUCCAGUGAACAAUUGUGUUAUUCAUACUGAUACAACUCGUUGGAUUCAAAGUGAUCUUAUUUUAAUUCCAAACAGACAAUUUCCUUCCGGUAAGCGUCCACAUCAACAGGCUUGGGUGGCAUUUGAGUAUGAAUCAGCACUCCAUACUCGAUUUAGUGAUGAACUUAAUGAUAAAAUUAACUUCACUGCAUCAUAUCGAUUUGAUUCAACUAUUCGCACACCUUAUGGAAUGUAUACACCGAAUGAACCUAAAACAGAUGAUAUCAAUAAAACAAUCCAUUCGACAAAAUUGGAGAAUAUAGCGAAAGGAAAAGACAGAGCUGUUGCCUGGAUAGUGAGUAACUGUUAUCCUAGGAGUCCAAGAAAUGUUUAUGCAAAUGAACUGGCUAAAUAUAUUACAGUUGAUGUGUAUGGUCGAUGUGGUCGGAUGACCUGCUCUGGUUCGCAAUGUUUUGAUUUGGUACGGAAACAUUACAAGUUUUACCUGAGUUUUGAAAAUUCACUAUGCCAAGAUUAUAUAACAGAAAAGUUCUUCUUCAACGCACUAAUGAACAAUGCAUUACCCAUAGUUAUGGGUGCCUCGAUUGAGGAGUAUCAGAAGGUUUCACCACCUCAUUCUUUCAUUCAUGUGGAUCAAUUUGAGAAUCCGAAAGAACUGGCCAAAUAUCUGAAGUACCUUGAUAAAAAUGACACUGCAUACAACGAAUAUUUCGCUUGGCAUAAAAGGGGUGUUGUAACUGUAUGGUCGUUCAAGCCGGAGUGUGAAUUUUGCAUACUUGCAAAUGCUCUUCCUUACUUCGAGCCAACUAUACAUGAAAACUUUAUGUUUUGGUGGAAGGAUGGAUGUAAAAACAGAACAUUAAGAUGAUUAUAGACGGCUACUGAACUGUUGUACGUGGGAAUGGGCAUCACAAUCACGAGUGCAAUUCCCUGAGGUACCAAGGUAAUUCAUGGGUGCACAGGUUAACGGAUGGGGAGUUUGAAACUGUGAGACCGCUGCUGAUAUCUGGUACCGCUGCAUUCCACAUAAAGAAUUUUGCUUACCAAUCUCAUAGGAAACGUCUGACUGAUCAAGAUGUCUGUAAUAUGCGGUACAAAGUGUUCUCACACGCCAACCUUCCUGGUAAGCAAUUUGCCAAUUUAUAAUGUACACUAUAGGUGAUUACGGGAAAUUGAAAGCUCACAUAGCAUCCUUGGGUGGGCUUUGCGAAUACGAAUUGGACGAUGAGAACUGUCUAUCGUAUUUCUUCUUCAUGACUGCUGAGCAACCGAAUUUGGCCGGUCUCUUUUGUGACGUAAUUGGUUUUGACGGGACGUACAAAACGAAUAACGAGAACGUCCAUUUAUAUCACGUCGUUGCCCUGGAUAUGAAUUUUAAGGCAAUACCCAUCUGCACUGCCUUUUUAAGUCGUGAAACGUCAACAUUCAUUUCUGUAUUCCUGCGUUUUUUCCAACGGUGUACCAACAGUCGACAGCUGGGUGCUCUGCUUUCAGAAAGGGACAAAUUUGAAAAUAAUUACUGAUCACAAUUUAAGCUUUUAUGACUGUUUCACAGUUUCCAAGCUUCGAUAUUUAAUCCUGUGUUAAAAUAUAGUUAAAUUAUAGACCUCAAUUCUUCAUGAUUACAUUUUUAAUCACUACAUGUGUGUUGAAACGUACUAAAGCAAAACCUUUAAAAAUUAUAUAUGUGGGUGUAUAAAUAGAACAGUGAAUAGUUGAGACGAUGAAGGUAGGAAAGGCAUUCAGACAACAGCAAAAAAAUCCAAGACAAGAUGAUAGCUCAUAUGAGUAAUGUCUGUUAAAAAAAAACUGGGCAUUUUUCGAAUAAGUUCAUGUUCUAAAUUCAGAGAUCCGAUUACAGUUGCCACUUCAAGGUGUACUUAAAAAUAUUGAUCAAAACAGUCAUGCAUUGUUUAUAAUUAUAUUUCUUUAUUUGUUGAGGUCAUACAAGAAAGUGGUAAUAAAAAUACUGAAAAAUGGGUGUUUAUAAUUGAUAGAGUAAAAUAAUUUAAAUGAUAUGCAAACUUGGAGAACUGCCAUGGUUGGAUUAUUGUGACAAUAGUGAGAGUCAUAAUAAUAAUAAUAAUAAUAAU